AUUGAGCCUCUCCCCCUGACCGGCCACAGACAACACUCAGAGGCCUCCCAAGGUCCCCUCCUCCUGGACAAACCCAUCCCCUUGCCCCCCGCUUUCCCCAAGAAAGAAGGAGGGGGGUCCCCUGCCUGGAAUGCCUGUGAGCCAGAGCGCAGGGUCCAGCCGCACAGCCUAGAGCUCCGCGCCCUGCCGGCCAGCCAUGCAGAAGAGGCCCCGCAGCCCCUGAGCGGGACGGGCAGCACCCUCGGGAAGCCCCCGAGCAGCAAGGCCCUGGUGCAGAGCAUGCCCCAGCCCCAGCAGGACGAGUGCAGUAACGCCAGCCUACUGAGCAGCGGGUACACCGGGGACACCGAGGACAGCGACGUGAGAUUGGCAGCCGGCCACCGGGUUGCCCUGUUGAGCAAAAGGCCCCACUCCCAGGCGGGCAGCGCACACGCGCCCAGCCCCGUGAGCAGCCGGCUGAGCGGCCACGGCCAGGGCACCAGGCAGGCUGGAGGGGAAAAGUGAGGGCAGCCUGCGGGGCACCAGCCUCAGCAGCCUGGGCAGCAUCGGCUUCCUGAGCCCGGGCAGCAGCUUCCUGACCUACCAGGUGAGCAGCGGGCUGCUGGACCCCCCGGGCAGCCAGCCCUCCAGCCAGACCGGCAGCAGCCAGAACCUGCCCGGGAGCGGCAGCGGGCAGAAGACCCCCAGCAGCAGCACCCACCUGCAGGAGGACAAGACCGGGGACAAGUCGGGAAGCAACAGCCAGGUGGCCCCGGCGGAGCAGCCUGCCCAGGUGAACGUGACCAUGUGAGGCCGGUCCCCAGCCCCAGGUCCCCUCAGAUCUCCACCCACGGGGCCCAGCACUCCCAGACUUCACCCAGGGAGGCAACACCUGACCAGUCGUCCCCGAGGUAGCAGCAGCCAUCAGCAGGCAGGUCCCGGUGCCGCAGGGCAGGGCGGCUGAGCUCCAUCUUUACUGAGGGUCGGGCAUCAGGGACGAGACCAGCAACCCCGAGGACCACUGGGGUAAGAAGAGCUGUGGCCGGGUCCACGGGUGCAGGGACGGCGGGCAGGGUCAAGAGCACCCGAGGGAAUCAGACCCAGGACAGUGAGCCUCAGCCAGGGGCACCUCGACCCGGUGCCAUUGAGCAGAGGCUCCACACCCAGGUGGGCACCGCAGGCCCUCCCCGCCCGCUGAAGAGCCAGUCCUUCCACAGUGAGCACCAGGGCCUGGGGACCGCCUCCCCAUUCACCAGUAGUGACAGUGGCAGCUAUGCUAAGGCCAUCGGAGUUAGAACCUUCCACAAGGAAACCACCCUAAAGGGUGAGCGCCAUCCGCAACCAGCACCAGCCGCGGUGAGCUCAGAGGGAAAGGCGGUGACCACGCGGGACUGUCCCCGACAGAGCACCUGGUCGUCUGCAAUCUCGGUCCCUGCCAGACCUGUCACUCACGCUGUCUGAGGCCGGUACUGCUCACAGGAGCACCCAGCAGGGCCACGGUGCACAGGGACACCUCGGGGACUCAGCACCUCCAGGCACUCGGCUCACAGUGACAUCACAGGGGAAGGAGCAUGGGGAGCAGCCACGUGCACACCCGCCCAGAGAGAGCGGGAUCGAGAAAGGACCCUGGAGAGGCCGGGUCAAGGGAACCCCAUCCUCCAAGAGCAUCACUCGCCGGAGCUCUGGCUCCUUUCCAAGCGCUGUGUCUGGGGGACGUCAGCCCAGAGACCGCCCAGGAACCAGGACUCCUCGUGCCCCACCCGCGUCUCCACGCGCUUCUCCCAGGCAGAGACGAGGCCAGGGGCCGUCCUGUGUUCCCAGGUGACAUGGUGCUUCCUACGGCAGGACAAUGCCAUGAUCGACACUUCAUGGUGACAGAGACCAGCCCAGCCAGGGACGACUGAGGCAGGAAGCUCUGGGCCACUGAGUGAAUGUCACCUGAGUGGGUGUGAGGGCUGGCGCCUCUGCCCUCCCCUCCUGGGGACCAAGGGCCCCUCCCUGGCUGACUCACCGACCUGGGGGAGGCGGGUCCACAGGGGAGGAAGAAGCCGCAGACGGUCCUGAAGACAUCCACUGGGUACCAGAAAGAAAGCUGAGGGGACACCAAGACAAUAAACGGUGUCUGGAGAGGUCA